UUUCUGUUGGAACUGACUAUUGCACUUUAAGGGAAAGCUAGGAAACCUAACGGGGAAGUGAGGCAGUGGAAAUUACUUCCUUGUAAACACCAUCAUAAUAUAUUCUCGUAUCAUAUUGUGUGCUAUGACCAAUUCAAAGCAAUCUAGCAUUUGAAUCCUUAUCCUCAAGUGGAUAGGUGAAGCCUAUUUUGCGCAUUUUCUUCAAUCGCAGUUUGCACUAUGCUUCAGCUGAACGACACAGUUGAGCCAAUGAGUCCGGGGGCUGCGGUCCUUCAUCCGGCGGAGGCUGAAGAUGGGGUCGAGGUAGCCUUCACACCACCGGGGGCCGGAGGAAACCGUGUGUACGGUUCUUCCGUUGCAUGUUGCUCUCCCUUACAAACUUUGACGCCAUUUCACGUCCACAACCCAACAAUGCAAGCUAAAGUGAAGGAUUAUUUCGUAUUUAGGCCAGGGACUAUUGAACAAGCAGUGAAUGACAUCAGAACCUUGGCCCUGCCUUCAGAGGAUGGAGAAGUGCUGAGUGUGUGGCUCCUUGCAGAAGUUGACCACUGGAACAAUGAGAAGGAGAGACUGGUGCUGAUCACUGACAGGUCCCUGUUGGUGUGCAAGUAUGACUUCAUCAACCUGAUGUGUCGGCAGGUCAUUAGGAUCUCCCUCAACGCUGUAGACACCAUCUCAGUGGGAGACUUCCAGUUCCCCCCCAAAUCCCUUAACAAGAGGGAGGGGUAUGGGAUUCGUGUUCAGUGGGACAAGCGGCCGCGGCCCUCCUUUGUGAACCGCUGGAAUCCCUGGUCCACAGACAUGCCUUAUGUUACCUUUUGUGAGCACACCAUGGCCCGUGCAGAUGAGAAAGUGGCCUCUCUCUGUCAGAUGGAUGCCUUCCGGAACCAGCUGGUUCAGGCAGUGAAGAAGGCCCACAAGGAGUUCCCCAUCCCGGGCCGGGCCAACGGAGUUCUGAUCUUAGAGAAGCCCCUCCUCAUUGAGACCUACCUGGGCAUUAUGUCAUUCAUCAACAACGAGGCCAAGCUGGGUUAUUCCAUGACCAGGGGCAAGAUCGGUUUCUAACGCUCCCCACUGAGGGACACAGUACUUCAUUUCCAUGGGAGCGCUUUUAAACUGUCUGCGUGUGUCUUGCUCUUGGCUGUGCCUGGUGGACAGUCGGAUGGCUGAAGAGCUGUGAUGUGCCAUCAUCUCCACAGGUUCUUUCCCUUCUGGCCACUGUGCUCUCAUGUCGAGUUCUGUUUUCUGUUUAAUGGGAUUCUUUAAUGCCUGAUGAGACAUGGAUCCAGUGUUAGUGCAUUACAGAAACGUCACUAGUUAUGUGGGUGUAGUACACACAGUUUCUCCUGCCGUUAUGUAAACCGUGUCUGUGGAAGCUAGCUUUAGUGCGACGCCUUGAAAAGGCAUGGAGGCUUACCGCUAGGUCUAUGAGUGGCUUCAACAGAGCUUGAUCCAAAGAGAAACAAAUGCACUACGUUUGCCUGAUCAAGCAGUCUGCCUGUUAUUUUCCUCUUGAGAUGCUGUGUGAAUUUACAGAUCUUUGCGUCAGACAUAUUGUCUCCAACAUUAUAAUGGGACUAUAGUGGUGAACCAAACAAUGCGUCGGACAGUGUGGCGUUCCCCCAUUUACCAAGGCAUCUGACUGCCCGACCCAGCCAGGUUUUCUGAAUACCACACAGUCUGCAGGUGGUGGCUAGUGCCUGGAGAGCUUUCGGGUCGGGGUUGUCUGGACUAGGUCCAUGUUGUCUUACACUAUCUACUUCAUAAUUGCUUUUGUCAGUUUUCCCAGUUUCCCAAACUAGGGCAUAACCUGAUUUGACAAUGGGGUCAUAAGAAUCUAUGGAAAACAAAUUACAAUUCAAAGUAUUGAGUAACAUGAGUGGUUGUUUUCAUUUGGUAAAAUGGUUUCACUUUUUCAUUUCAGCCAGACAAUAUGAACCCAUUCUUAAAACGUGAAUCAGGAACAGGAACGUCUGUUUCCCCUCAGAACCCCUUAGGACAGAAUAUCAAGACCAGGCAGUAAAUCAGACUGGGGGGGAUCGUACCAUUGACUGACCUUGCUUAAUCGUUUUCCAAACUUCUUAAUACUUUGCUGAUGCAUUUCAAACCACACUACUUUGACUAAUUUGUAAAAAUGUUAUGAUUUUACAGCCUGUAAUGGCUUCAAUUAUCUAAGGUUCACAUUUACCAAAGAACAUUUUUGAGUUGAAAUGUCUUAAGCAUAAUGUGAAAGUGGUGUGAAACGGCACUCAUAAGUAAUGGGUAAAUGCAGGCAGUCCAAGAGAAUUCCCUUGUUAACCCACAAUGGCAAAAUCUUUCAUCUGUUCCCCUGAAAAUAACCUGGUUGCUGUUAGGGGUUUUACACCCAUGCUUGUUACACUAUGCCACUGUGCAUUUUAUGCUACAAGUGACAAAAUUAGAUCAUGCUUCAAUUGCUCCAAUGAAGUAUGUUUGUCUAAAUGCAUUUUUCUGGUAUCUAUAUAACAAGCAUGUUGCAUGUCUGGUUUGCAUGCAGUCUUUGUUCAAUUUGUAAAUUUGUGAAACUAGUCUGUUUUAUUCAAUGUGAUCUGAUAUUCCAGAAUAGCAUUUAAUGAAUUAAUUAAAAAAUGUGAUGUUUUGUGUCACUCAAUGAAAAAAAGUAAUGUAUUACUUUAUGGUUAAUGCUUAAUAUUUGUAGCACAGUCACCAUAAUGUAAGACGAAUGCCCACAGUGUUUUUUUAUGAAUUACAAAACUAAAUGGGUAAAUCUGAUCUGACCAGUUUACUGUUGACUUUAACUAUUGGUUCAUUCUGACCUUGAAUACUGUACAUUGCUUAUUAAAUAAACACUUACCGUGGCUGGUU